AUGGCCAGGUUGGAUAGAGGAAAUCGGCAAAAACGCAAGCCCCGAGGACGCGGGAUUCGUGCUACGACUGGUUGCCUCAUCUGCAAACGCCGCCAUGUCAAGUGCGAUGAAGCUCAUCCUCAAUGCGGCCCCUGUGCAAAGGGCCAGCGCCCUUGUGUCUACGCGCCUCAGCAUUCGCCGCAUCGCCAUGAAGUUGCUGCCCGGGUAGGUGUGCCCCAGUCUCCGCCAGACAAAGUGAGUGGAGAUCGAGACGGCGGGAGCAACCCUAGUACCAGCUUCCUGCGGGUCAUGGUGGAUUCUUGCCACCAACGUCGGCAGCCUGCUCGGCAAGAGAGACCUCACGUAGAGGAGAGCACGGGCGAGAAUGCGGCAAUACCCACUCCCAAACCGUCCAAUGGCUACAUACCCUCAGCAGGCACAGAAGGCUCUGUGACAGCACGGGUCGUGCCGUCGAGAUGGCUCGAGCUUUUGACAAAGGAUGCCACCAAUGCUAAUGCCGAGUUUCCACUGUCGCCGCCGCAGCUCUCUCGCAACCGGAUCGAGACUGGAGACGACCUGCGGAACAGUUCCAACAUGCGUCCUAGCACACCAAAAGAACAGGAGAGCUUUCAUGCUGCUACCUUCAAAAGAGAUAAACAAAUUGAACAGCGAAUCGUCUCACAACCACCCGGCACUGCGUCCGUUCCGACUAACACGCCUUCGUUAUGGACCUCAAAGUACCCAAUUCCUCUUUCGGACUUGGAGCAUUAUCUUUUCGGGUAUUUUGUGCGCGUGACAAGCAAAUUGCUGGACUUUUAUGACCCAGAAAUACAUUUUGCAACAACGGUUCCGCACAUAGCGCUUAGGAAUGUGGGCUUGAUGAGAGCAUUGCUGGCCCUUUCUGCGCGCCAUCUCACGCUGGGAGAACGUGAUGAAGGGAAUUUUGUUCGUACAUCAAUUGAAAAGAAUGGCAUUCCGUGCUGCCGAGAAGAUAUAAUUGACCGCAAUCUUGCGGUUGAAUACUACUCGGAGGCCCUUGAGUAUCUGAACAAAGCAAUGCAUUACCCGUUUUAUGCGCGGAGCUUGGAUAUGAUUGCGACGGCCAUUCUCAUCAGCACCUACGAAAUGAUCAACGGCUCGAAUCAAAAUUGGAAAAGACACAUAAAAGAAGCCGGAGGACUGCCGUCAGCCGUCUGGUGGGCUUGGCUUCAACAGGAUAUCUGGAUCGCCAUGCGAGAACGACGUCGAGUCUUUAGUCUCUGGAGUCCUAAAAAGCCACUGUCCACGCUCACAUGUAUCAACUAUGCAUCGAUAGAAGAAGAGAAAGCUUCGAACUUAGCACACCGUCUAGACUGGGCAGAUAAGCUGCUCUUCCUACUCCAGGAAUGGCGUGAAAUAUUGCCGCCGGAAUAUAGUCCUCUGCCUUCCGUAUCCAAUAUCGAGAUCUUUCCACCGAUUUGGGUGCACCCACCAUCUUAUGCCGCGGCUCUACAAAUCCACAGUCUUGCACUGAUCCUUGUUAUCUUGCACCCAGCACAGCAUAUGGUGGCCGUUUCUGUGAGCACAAUCUGCGGAAUUGCGAGAUCUGUUGAUGAAAACGAUGAUGGAGCGAACAUGACCUCGCUACACUGUUUAUUUAGGGGUACGUGA